AUGAGCAUGAUGAGUGUCAUGGAAGCGGCGCGGGGGCUGACGUUUACCUUAGGUCCAGUGGAGCAGAUACCGCUGGGUGAAGGGCGCGUGUUCGAGGUGGACGGGAGAAGCAUAGCGGUGUUCCGUACGCGGCAGGGCGAGGUAUUCGCGACGCAGGCGACGUGUCCGCAUAAGGCGGGACCGCUGUGCGACGGCAUCAUCGGGGGCAGGCAGAUUGUGUGCCCGCUGCAUGCGUAUAAGUUCGAUCUAGCGACAGGCAGUCCCGUGGGCAAUGACUGCGACGCGCUGCGAACUUACGUUGUUUCGCUGAGUGAGGACGGGGACAUUCUGUUAUCCUAUGGGAACUGA